AUGAGGGCGAAGGAAGCCAAGGAAAAAUAUAUAGCCUCUGUCCAUGGCCCGAAUCACAUAGAUCUGAUAAGGAAUAUCAGCUCGAAGGAUAGUUCCGAGCGAAAAAAUACUGCUGAGAAACUCGAUUCCAUUUACUUCAACAAAGGCUCCUCAGAGUCUGCUUUCCUCGCAGCCGGUUCUGUCAUCGAGGUUGCUGAGAAGGUUGCAGCUGGUGAGCUGAGUUCUGCGAUCGCUCUAGUCAGGCCUCCAGGCCACCAUGCCGAACAUAGCAAGCCCAUGGGAUUUUGCCUCUUCAACAAUGUGGCAAUUGCAGCUAACUACCUCUUAAAUGAAAGGCCUGACCUAGGUAUCAGCAAGAUAUUAAUCGUCGAUUGGGAUGUUCAUCAUGGAAAUGGCACGCAGAACAUGUUUUAUAAUGACCCUCGUGUAUUGUUCUUUUCAGUGCACAGAUAUGAUGAUGGAAGCUUCUACCCUUAUGAAGCUGAUGCAUCACACGUUUUCAUUGGGGAUGAAACUGGUCGAGGGUACAACAUUAAUGUGCCCUGGGAGCAUGCGGAAUGCGGUGAUGCAGAUUAUGUUGCUGCAUGGGACCAUGUACUCCUUCCUGUUGCAGAAGCAUUUGAUCCUGAUAUAAUAUUACUGUCUGCUGGGUUUGACGCAGCACUGGGUGAUGAUAUGGGUAAUUGCUGCAUCACUCCAAAUGGAUAUGCACUGCUACUGACAAAGCUGUUAGGUUUUGCAAAAGGAAGGAUUGUGAUGGCCCUUGAAGGAGGUUAUAACCCUGAGUCCAUAGCAAACUCAGUUUGUGCUUGUGCAAAAGUAUUGUUGGGAGAUAAAUUCACACUUACCUCUCCAGAGAUGCAACCAUUCGAAUCUACAUGGAGAGUCAUACAAAUGGUACGCGAUGAAUUAAAGACAUACUGGCCUGUUUUGAGCAGUAAGCUUCCGGAGAACGUAUCUUUGAGGAGUACGCCCUCAUAUAUCCAGGUGAGUUUCCUCUUUCUAUUUUCUUCUUCUUGGGGACUUGAGUUGGGGCCUGCUUGGUCUGACCUCUGA